AUGGCGCCCCAGGAAGAUGAACUGUUGCCCGAGAACACCUCGGGCUACAAGCUCUCUCAGCCCAAGCAAUCCUUGGCCGAGUACAAUAAAAUGGUGCGAAUGGGUUCGCAGACCGAGAGUGCGACCAAGUUCAAGGGCAAGAUGUCUUUUGUUCGCAGAGUCAGCUUUCGCGACCCCGACCCGGAGGGUGUUGGUGCUCGGGGCGCACGGGAUGAUACCCCAGCGGGUCGCCCGGUGCGAUGCCGUUCUCCUUAUCCUCACAACAGCUCUCAGGAAGACAACGACGAGGAUGUGGAUGAUGAUCCUGAAAAUGAAGCUGACAGCGAUGACUCUUCAGACGAGAACGAUGAGUCUCUCCAACGCUACAAGCAGUCUCUUGGCCUGGCCGCCGACGAUAUCUCGGACCCCAACGACCCCCGUGUGUGCAUCAUCCAGUCGCUCACGAUGGACUCGCCUGGUCGCGAAUCCGUCGUCAUUGACCUCUCGGCCCCUGGCAGCGCCAAUAGCCUCAAGGACAAACCCUUCAAGAUCAAGUCGGGAGCCAAGUUUACCAUGACCGUCCAGUUCAAGGUCCAGCACGAGAUUCUCAGCGGUCUGCAUUAUGUCCAGGUCAUCAAGAAGAAGGGCAGUAUGGGGCUUCUAGGCGACAAGUCGUCCGAGAUGAUUGGUAGCUACGCCCCCAACACCGCAAAGCAGCCUCUUUACAGCAAGAAAUUCCAAGAGGAGGAGGCGCCAUCGAACUUCAUGGCCCGUGGUAUGUACAACGUCAGCUCCAGCUUUGUCGACGACGACAAGAAGACCCACCUGCAGUUCGACUGGGCCUUCCAAAUCGACAAGGACUGGUGA